AAAAUAUUCAAUGCUUGAACAUAAUAUAGAGCAGAAAAAGACUUUAUCUUUGAAAAAAAGUAGUCUAUUUCGUUCACAGCAAACACAUAUAGUGCCAACCUCAGGAAAUAGUAAUAAUAAUAAUAAUAAAAGUUAUAAGAAAAAAGCUGCAGCAAAAGAACUUAAGAUAUCUGCUCCUAUUCUUCAGCAUUCGACAACUGCUCAUUUAUUUUCUUCACUUAUUUCGCCUACAAAAUCUCAUUAUCACAAAUGUGUUGAAGAUCAGCAUCUUUCAUUCGAGUUGCUAUACCAGCCUUCUUCUCCUGCACCUCGUACUCCUUUGCAACAAAAGUUUGAUAUUGCUAAUAGCCAAAAUCCCCUACUUUCACCAACUAAAAAAGAUCCAAUAAGAAAAACAAUGAUAAAGAAAAAGGAUAAUAAAGAUAGGAAUACAACAUUAACAAUGAAGGGCAGUAAAAGUAUAAUUUCUACUUCUUCUCCUCGUAGGCGUCAUUCUUGCUCGUCUACAGCAGUCAGUAAUCAUUGCAAUCGGUUAACAAGUGUUAGAGAAAAUAAUGAAUCUAAUCAUCUUAUUAAAUCUUCUUUCUGCAGUAAGCUAAAAGAACAUCGUCGUAGUAACAAAGUGGGGUCUAGUUAUCAAGCAUCUUCAUCCGAGGCUGCAGCAUCUAUAGCUAUUCAUGAGUCCUGUAAUAUAUUAGUCGUUAAAUCCAGUAAAUCAACUCCACUGCGCAAUAAAAUUAAGACUUAUAAUGUUCCACAACAAACAAAUAAGAAAAUUUGUUUCGCACCUGAAGACCUUGAAAGACAGCGUAAAAUGCAAGAGCUUGAAGAUCUAAUUACAAGUCGUCGUGGAAGUACUUUAAAAUUGACUUUAACACCAAAGGAGUUAUCCUGAAGAGCAUGUGGAAAAUAACACAAUGACGUAUCAUUCAAUUAUAAUUCAUCUUUUCAUUCGAUUCUAUGUUUAAUGACUACAUACUUUACAUUAUUAGCACUAGCUACUAUAUCUUUUAUAUCUUGCUACUUUAUAUUAAUUCCUUUUUUUUUUUCAACAUAUCACCCUAACUUAUAAUACUUAGUUUAAUCAACUUAUUUUAAUUUUAUAGAAUAUCAAAGAUCUCAAUCACUGCUCUAG